AUGGACCUGUUCUAUGUGAAGGAAGGGGAAGGUGACAGGGUUAUCUACCCAGGUUAUACAUAUCACAAUAAAGAAAUGACUGAAAAUCUUGAAUUUCAAGAGAAAGUAAAGGAAGCAAGUCCUGAAGAGCAAUAUAAAAUCUAUUAUGAACAUGGAAAGAUCCUUCAGAAAUGCAGGAUGUUUCCUUUGGCAGUGGAAUGCUUCGAAUCCAUUAUCGCCAAAUCAAUGGAUAACAUUAGGCCUGCAGGAAUUGAUGUCUAUGCUUAUAAAGCAUAUCAGAGGAAAGCACAGAUGUAUUUUGACGCUUUGUGCUUCCAAACAGCAUAUGAGUGCCUCAGUAAAGCAGAAUUCAUCAUCAGAGAUCUGUAUGAGAAGGAAAACGCAACCCAAUCGAGACAGAUGCUCGAGCAUCGGAAAAUUGUGGCCAAGUACUUCAGGAAAUUUCAAAAGUUUGAUAAAGCACUUGAAAUUCUAAUGGAUGUUUAUCAAAUAGAGAGGAAAAUCUACACCCAAAUCGUCGAUGAAGAAGACCAAAUCGAGGAUGUAUUCAAAACUGAAGUGGAAGAACAGAAAGAGAGCACUCAGGAAGACCAAGACCAAGAAAAGUCUCACCCCAAAACUGUUGAAAUCACUGAAGAAGUGAAAGAAGAAUACGCCAUUGACGAAUCAACUGAGGAUUCCGAUAUUGACGAUGAUGACAUGAGUAAGGACAUCAGCAUCAGACUGGGUCAGACAAUAAUACAGAUCAUGGAGAUCCAAGCCUUCAAAAAUAACCUCAAAAAGGGUCUCACAUACAGAGAUAUAGCUGAAAAAUAUAUUCUAGCCGCUACCAAGGAUGAUAAGAAGAACGGGUACUAUAUAAAGUUCCUCCAGGCAUCUGGGAAUAUGUACAUGAGGUCCCAAAACUCAAAAAAUUUAGAAAAAGCCUAUGAACUUUACGAUGAAGCCAACAGCCUGCUAGAAGAGGUCGUAGGCAAAAAGAGUAUUGACUUCUUACUGUCCCUUGUAGAUAUUGGUGAAGUAUAUCUAUACCAAAAAGAUCACCAUAAAGCAGAAGCAUUCCUUGGAUUUUGAAGGAAAGAAAUGAACAAAUAUUAUGGAAAAGGGAGCAUCUGGGUCAAUAGAGUCAAUUCAGCCCUUAUUGAGGUCCAUUCUGAAAAGAAGAUCAGCAAGAAAGAUGUGCCAUUUAAAUUAGCAAUUAAGAACCUCGAUAAUGCAGUUGAGUUAUAUGGCGAAAAAUCUAUAUUCACUCUUGGCAAUUUCAUGAGCGCUAUUUCUGCUCAUUUUACUAAGGGAAAUUAUGAUGAAGUCACCCUCAUUCUUAGCAAGAUGGGAACAUGCCUUGAGCUGAACGGAGAGGGUGCCAAUGGAAACCAGUUUUUCUUCAUUUCGAGCAUUAUAAAUGGGAUGAUUGCAGCUCGUACUAAUAAGGACUACGAGAAAGCAACAAUGUUCUUCAGUUCAACACUCCGAAUGCAGGUAGAAUAUGUUGAAAACGAGAGAGACCACCCAUUCCUCGAACAGACCUACUACCAGCUUGCUAUAAUGUACACUCAGGCUGGAAACAUGACCAGGGCCGUUCUCAUGUGGGGUAACGUCUUAUCCGUAGGCAAGAGGAAAUACGGUCUAGAAAGCCCUCUGCUUUCUGCAACCUACAAACAAAUCGGUAUGUGCCAGCUCCGCCUUGGACUCCUAAACGAGUCUCUUAAGAACCUGCAGACUUCCAAGACUCUUUGUGAGGCUAAGCUCGAAGCAGCAGAGACUAAAGAGAGCAAGGGCCAGCAUGAGACUGAGAUUAAGGAGCUAGAAGAGAUCUUACAAUCUGUGACUGACCUGUGUGAGAAGCAACGAGUGGGGUAAGUUAGGGUGGUAGCUUGAGUAAAGUGGGGGCCAGGCUUGAUACCCCUAAAAACUCAUAAAAAUUUCA